CCUCCUCCUCCUCCUCCUCCGGGGCCGGUGCGGGGGCCGGGGCCGGUGGAGCAGCGCCCUCGGGUGCGGGCAACGCGGCCGGCGCCCCCGGCCCGCCCUCGGCCCCGCCAGCAUGGCCACCACCGCCACCUGCACCCGCUUCACCGACGACUACCAGCUCUACGAGGAGCUCGGCAAGGGGGCCUUUUCUGUGGUCCGCAGAUGCGUGAAGAAAACCUCCACUCAGGAGUACGCAGCCAAAAUCAUCAACACCAAGAAGUUGUCCGCCCGGGAUCACCAGAAAUUGGAACGUGAAGCCCGAAUAUGCCGACUCUUAAAACACCCGAACAUUGUGCGCCUCCAUGACAGUAUUUCUGAAGAAGGGUUUCACUACCUCGUCUUUGACCUUGUUACGGGUGGGGAGCUGUUUGAAGAUAUUGUUGCCAGAGAGUACUACAGUGAAGCAGAUGCCAGCCACUGUAUACAUCAGAUCCUGGAGAGCGUCAACCACAUCCACCAGCAUGACAUUGUGCACCGGGACCUCAAGCCUGAGAACCUUCUACUGGCAAGUAAAUGCAAGGGUGCUGCUGUCAAAUUGGCAGACUUUGGGCUGGCUAUCGAGGUGCAGGGCGAGCAGCAGGCCUGGUUUGGUUUUGCUGGAACGCCAGGGUAUUUGUCCCCUGAGGUCUUGAGGAAAGAUCCCUAUGGAAAACCCGUGGAUAUCUGGGCCUGUGGGGUGAUCUUGUACAUCCUCCUGGUGGGGUACCCUCCCUUCUGGGAUGAGGAUCAGCACAAGCUGUAUCAACAGAUCAAAGCUGGAGCCUAUGAUUUCCCAUCACCAGAAUGGGACACCGUGACUCCUGAAGCAAAGAACCUGAUUAACCAGAUGCUGACAAUAAACCCUGCAAAACGUAUCACAGCUGACCAGGCACUCAAGCAUCCAUGGGUCUGUCAACGAUCCACAGUGGCCUCCAUGAUGCACCGACAAGAGACAGUGGAGUGCUUGCGCAAGUUCAAUGCUCGGAGGAAGCUGAAGGGUGCCAUCCUCACAACAAUGUUGGUCUCCAGGAAUUUUUCAGUUGGCAGGCAGAGCUCCGCCCCCGCCUCGGCCGCCGUGAGCGCCGCCGGCCUGGCCGGGCAAGCUGCCAAAAGUCUACUGAACAAGAAAUCAGACGGUGGUGUGAAGAAACGGAAGUCGAGUUCCAGCGUACACCUGAUGCCACAGAGCAACAACAAAAACAGUCUCGUAAGCCCAGCCCAAGACCCUGCGCCUUUGCAGACUGCCAUGGAGCCUCAAACUACUGUGGUGCACAAUGCAACUGAUGGUAUCAAGGGCUCCACAGAGAGCUGUAACACCACCACUGAAGAUGAGGACCUGAAAGCUGCCCCACUCCACACUGGGGGUGGCGGCUCAGCGUCCCAAGGACGGAGCCCCUGGGACCCCGCGGCGCCCUUUGUGGUCCCUCAGCCCGAGCCUUCUCUCUGCUCCUCAGCCAUGCGCAAACAGGAGAUCAUUAAGAUAACAGAGCAACUGAUUGAGGCCAUCAACAAUGGGGACUUUGAGGCUUACACGAAGAUCUGUGAUCCAGGUCUCACCUCAUUCGAGCCAGAGGCGCUGGGCAACCUGGUGGAAGGAAUGGAUUUCCAUAAGUUUUACUUUGAGAAUCUGCUAUCCAAGAACAGUAAGCCCAUCCACACCACCAUCCUGAACCCCCACGUGCACGUCAUCGGCGACGACGCCGCUUGCAUCGCCUACAUCCGGCUGACCCAGUACAUCGACGGACAGGGCCGACCCCGCACCAGCCAGUCCGAAGAGACCCGCGUUUGGCACCGUCGAGAUGGCAAGUGGCUCAACGUGCACUACCACUGCUCGGGGGCCCCCGCCGCCCCACUGCAGUGAUGCCUCGCCUCAGCGGUAUUUGGAGAUUCCUAGCCGGAGGUCAAACCUUCGCAGCCAGCGGCUCUGGAGGGCCCGAGUGACGGCGACAGUCCUGUUCGUUUGAGGUUUAAAAACAAUUAAAAUUACAAAGCGGCAGCAACCAAUGCACGCCCCUGCAUGCAGCCCGCCCGCCCGCCCAUCGUGUCUGUCUCUGCUGUACUGAGGUGUUUUUUACAUUUAAAAAAAGAAAAAGGAAAAAAAAGAUGGUUUAUAAAGUGAAAUCGAUACCGCCGAUACGUUUUAAACCACCUGCAGCCCCAGGGCUAGCAAGAUGUGGGAGUUUGAGCGCCCGCCCUGACCUUUAACGCCAGGCCUGCGGGGAGCGAACCCGGGCUGGGGCCACCGUGGACUUCGGGUGCCCGGCCAGGAACUGUGAUGCUGAUGCUGCUCGGGGCCACGCGGCCACCUGUAGGAUCGCCUCUCGGGACCCCCCGCAGCCAGGGGCUGGUUCCGCCCCGUCUUCUGGGAACGGCGUUCUUCGGGACAAGCACGGGAGCCCGGAAGGAGGGUCAGACGUCCGAUGCUUGAAGCUUGUGUUUUCCCUUCCUGGGAGAGAAAGCGGCAUCCCCAGACAGCUGCAGUGGCGGAGGCAGUGCCGAGCUGCAGCGGGAGCAGCGUCUUGUGACCGGGAUUUUAUUGUACUGUUCCAUUUAGUGUAGGCAGGAGACUUGGUGCUGCAGAAAUGUGUCCACUAGGAAGCAGACAAGGAACCUGAUAUUAGUCUGGUAUGCACUCACUCACUCACUCACUCACUCGUCCAUUUCUAUAGGAUGCACAAAUAGCGCGGGGCUGGACACUGAAGCCUGGCCCCCACAGCUGGGAAGGGGCAGCGGCUGGCACUUUGCUUUGUGUUUGUUCUCUUGUGAUCUGAUGAGGUGCUGUGCCUUAGGCCGGUGCCUGCCCCCCCCCCCCCCACUCUCCCUCCCCAACUGCCUUUGACAGUCUCAUUUCUGUGCUGAUUUGAAUGGUCUUUGUCUCGCUUUUCAUGGUGAUGACCCCACCCCCACCCCCCAACACCCCCUCUACCCCUUUGGCCCUCAGCUGGGCCUGGAGUCACUGCAGGGUGUCCCAACUGGGGAGAACGUAAGAGAAGGGAGGCUUGUUUCUGUGCCCCUAGCUUGCACUGGGAGGGGGGCUGCCUCAACUUUCCAUCGGUUCUCUCGCUGCACUUCCAUCUCUUCCUCUUUUGGGGAGGUUGGCUUGAAUGACUCCUGCCCUGGAAGGUGUCCCUGGUCCGGGGUCCCAGGGAAGAAGACCCUCUCUGCUGACCAACAAGGGCUCAGAGUUGCUGCUGGGGUGUUUUCCUGGGUCAUCCCCCUCCCCUUUCCUUCCUUGUGGGCACCUGCAGAGAAGUGGUGCCUGGGCCCCCAGCCCCUCCCUCAGCUUCCCCUAGCACCUGGCCAGGGGAGUCCCCAAGGGAAAGAAUUGCACCUCAAGCAGAGGGAGGGGAAAUGACUUGGAUUUUCCCCAAAUCUCCUUUCGCUCGCCUCCUUUUGUCCCGGGAUCGUCUGCGUCUGCACCGAUCCCUGCCCCUUUCCAGGGAAGGUGAGUGAGCCCCAGAAUUCUUUGAACUUCUUCAGGGAGGAAGAAGCAGUGAGCCAAGGGGGAAGAGCGGUAGGUCUAGUGCCAGGAAGCGAGCAAAAUGACAGGCCCUAGUGCUUCGGUUUGGUCAGGAUCAAAGGUGCAAUUUGUUCUUUCCCUAACUCUCCCCUUGGAUUGGGCUCUUCCAAGUCCCUUCCUUCUCUCCCCAUUUCCCACUUCCCUCCCUGCCCCAUCCUGCCACGCACUCCACGACUCCAACGCGCAUAGGCCACUCCACAACAGGGUUUGGUUUGGCAGUCUUGGAGACAGUCUUUAAAUAAACACGAACUCCAGCUUGGUAUGACCACCCAAGACCCAUUUCCUCCGAGCAUUCUCUCUCUUCUGGGGCUAUGUCAGCAUCUAUAGAAAUAGAGAUUAUAAAAAUCACCUUUUAAACCAGAAAUGGAAGGCAUUUGAUGCAGAAUUUUUGCAUGAUGACAUAGAAAUAAUUUAAAAAAUAGCUAGUGUUUGUUCUGAAUGUUGGUAGACCCUUCAUAGCUUUGUUACAAUGAAACCUUGAACUGAAGAUAUUUAAUAAAAUAACAUUUAAACAGUC